AUGGAAGGUGAUGACAUUGUCUUUGUUGAGAACGUGUCUUCUACUAUGGAUAUCGGCAACCACCUAAAGGAGGCAGGAGCCAAAACGUGUCAACCUAGCGAGUCUACGAAACAUGAUAGAGAUUUUUCUGCUGUUACCGAGCUUCCAGUUCGUAUCGACUCCAGUCCUUCGAGUCUGGAGAAUGAUUGUCCCCCAUUGUCAUCCCCACCACCUCCUCCACCUCCACCACCCCCACCACCCGAGCCGCCCGCUGGCCUAAUGGGGACAUCUUUCAAUCCUACCGCAGAAGUCGACACGCCGAACCAGUUCAUCCAGGUGCAAUAUACGAGCGAGUCUAUCUCUGACUUUUCAAGCCGCGUAAUUCGUAUCGCGCCUUUUCGCCGCAAUGUCUUGAUGACGAGGCCUUCAGCCCACGUCGCAGAUUACAAGGAGUUUGAGUGGCUUCUGAAACACGGCAGUUCCGAGAUCUGGUAUGAGAAGCCUACCAAAGCACAUCUUAGAAGUAUCAGGACGCUCGAGGCGAACCGGUGGGCGCCGGACGAAUUACUUCCCCUGCUCAACGCACGGCCAGUCAGCCUGGAAACUCCCAAGGUAUGGGCGUCAGCAGCGAUGACAACACCGACAGAUGAUGAUAUCUUUGAGUGCACUGGCGGACAUACUACCCAUGAUGGAUAUGCUGGAAUAUGUCGUGAAUGCACUGAGACAAAGUCUGAAGUACUUGAAAGCAUUCCGCUCAUCUACUGCUUGGUCUUCAGCACUUGUCAAGCUAGCGACCCAUUUGUUCAUGGUGCCCACUUCAAUGGCCGCCAGAUCUACAAACUUUUCAAAUGCGGUAGUCGCGAGGCUGCCGUCGCGGAAGCGUUCUAUGCGGCUGGAGUCAAUGGCUGGAGUCUCGCUUUUAGCUGCGUGAUGAAGCUAGGUGAAGAGUUUGAAGAAAGAUCUGGGACGGCCAAGAAGGUCAAUGAACUGUGGAUGCUGGCUGAAGAAGACGACGACCAAAAGACCAUCAAGGUUUUCUACUAA